AUUAUACAACUCUUCUUAUAUUCUUCAACACUAAUCUCAAGAUUAAUUUUUAUUCAAAUAAAUCACCCCUUAGCAAUAGGAUUAAUACUAUUAAUUCAAACAUUACAAAUUUGUUUAAUUACUGGACUAAUAGCUAAAAGAUUCUGAUUUUCAUAUGUCUUAUUUUUAAUUUUUUUAGGAGGUAUACUAGUUCUAUUCAUUUAUGUAACUUCCCUAGCAUCAAAUGAAAUAUUUUCACUUUCCAUAAAAUUAACAACUAUCUGUAUAAUAAUUAUAUUAACUACUACACUAAUUGCCGCAUUUUUAGAUAAAAUAUCUACAUCUUCAUUUAUCCAAAAUUUAGAAAUACAACCUUUAUAUAACUUUAACUUAACCGUCUCUGAAAACUCUUUAAGUCUCCAUAAACUAUAUAAUUACCCAACAAACUUUAUUACUAUUUUAUUAAUAAACUAUUUAUUAAUUACAUUAAUCGCAGUAGUAAAAAUUACUAAAUUAUUUUAUGGACCUCUUCGACAAAUAAACUA